AUGGAGGCCUUCCUCCGCCCCGCUUCCGCGUACCCGCCGCUCCUCCAGGCUCUCCAAAAGGGGCCUUUAAAGGUCUCCUUGGUUGGUUCCGGUAAUUGGGGGACGGCAGUAGGGAAGAUAGUCGCUUCAAAUGCAAAAAACUCGCAUAUAUUCAAUACGGAUGUCCGCAUGUGGGUGUUUGAGGAGGAGUUUGAGGGCCGCAAGCUCACAGACUGGAUAAACAACCACCACGAAAAUAAGAAGUAUCUUCCAGGUUUCGAACUCCCCUCGAAUUUACGUGCUGUUCCUUCCCUCACGGAUGCCUGCAGAGAUGCGGACCUGCUGGUCUUUGUCAUGCCCCACCAGUUUAUCGAGAGAGCCUGUCGAGAACUGCGAAAAGCCAAGUUACUGCCUCCACAUUGUCGCGCCAUUUCCCUCAUUAAAGGCAUAGGCGUAAGGAAUGGAUGGCCUUUAACCCUGACGCACGAAAUCGGCUCAAUUUUGGACCUCCCGAAGCCGUGCAUCCUCUCGGGCGCUAAUGUGGCUAACGAUGUUGCCGCUGAAAACUUCGCGGAGGCAACUAUUGGUCAUCCGGACGGUGAAACGGAGACGGCAGCGUUGUGGCAACUCCUUUUUGACAGACCCAACUUUAAGAUAAACGUGCUUCCAGAUGUUGAUGGUGUGGAGGUUUGCGGAGCUCUGAAGAACGUUGUUGCUCUUGCCGGUGGCUUCUGUGAAGGAAUGGGACAGGGGACUAACACCAAGGCAGCAAUCCUCCGACUUGGAGUGGAAGAGAUAAAGACAUUCACCAUGCUCUUUUUUGGGGACCUCCUUGCUGACACGCUCUACGACAGCGCAGGCUAUGCUGAUGUUAUCACGACGGUGUUUGGCGGACGCAACGCCAGAGUUGCUGCGGCGUUCGUUCGUCAGAAGGGCAAGGAUUGGGAUCAGCUGGAAAAGGAAAUGCUCAACGGUCAGAAGCUGCAAGGGCCGGCCACGCUCGAACUGGUGGCCGAGGUGAUCCGUGCAAAUGAAGUUGAGCAUCUUUUCCCAUUGUUUACGUCGACUUAUGCGGUAGCAUUUCAGAAUGCUGACCCGCAGGCAAUCCUCGACGUUUUCCGCACAAACCGGCCGCGUAGCAUACAAAGGAGUGAAGACUGCGUGAAGCUCAAAGUCCCCACGCUCGUGAGAGAUGCGAGGAUCAGAAUUGCCUCUCGCAUGAAGAAACUGGGGAGAAGCAUUAGUGAAUUGACAAGGAACCCGCCAGAUACACCAGACAGCGCCUCAGAAGAAAGCAACCAUAAGACGGAGGCUACUCCCGCGAAGCUCUAG